UUUACCCACAAAUCACGGGUUUCCCAAAAGAACCCAGUUUUUAGAUCCAACGGCUGAAAAUCACUUGUGGGUACUCGAUAACCUGGUGCACCCACACGGCGCACGAUAGCUAUCCCUCCCUUGAAAACAGUUCUUCGUUCUCCCUAGUAUGCGCCUUACUCCUCCCCGCCAGUUUCCAACACUCUCUCAUUGGUUUUUUGACAGUUAAAAAAACAGUUAUUCAGCUGCUCAGAUCAAACCCAGGUGCUUAAUCUGCAAAUUCAGUCAUCUGUAGAGGAAAGAAUGUCGGAAGGGACAAGUGUAGUGAUGGAAUCUUCUGAAAAUGGCACAGAUUUGUCUCAAGAUGAUAUUGGCACCAUAGAGGAAACACCCGACAAUACAAUUUUGUCACGACAGACUUCUGUGAACCUUGUUCCAUUUAUAGGCCAAAGAUUUGUUUCUCAGGAAGCCGCUUAUGAAUUUUAUUGCAGUUUUGCAAAGCAAUGUGGCUUUUCAAUCAGACGUCAUCGAACUCGUGGCAAGGAUGGGGUCGGUCGGGGAGUUACAAGAAGGGAUUUCACUUGCCAUCGUGGUGGAUAUCCACAGUUGAAACCGUCUGAAGAUGGAAAGAUGCAGAGAAACCGCAAAUCAUCACGCUGUGGUUGUCAAGCAUAUUUACGCAUUGUUAAGCGGGCAGAUUUUGACCUCCCUGAAUGGCGUGUUACAGGAUUUAGCAAUAUCCACAACCAUGAACUUUUAAAACCACAACAAGUUCGUCUCCUUCCUGCCUAUUGUACAAUAUCUCCAGAUGACAAAAGUCGGAUUUGCAUGUUUGCAAAAGCUGGAAUGUCAGUGCGGCAAAUGUUAAGAUUGUUGGAGCUAGAGAAAGGUGUUAAGUUGGGCUGUCUACCAUUUACAGAAAUAGAUGUGAGAAAUCUUUUACAAUCUUUUAGAAAUGUUGAUAGAGAUAGUGAUGCUAUUGAUCUUAUCGCAAUGUGCAAGAAACUGAAAGAUGAAAAUCCUAACUUCAAGUAUGACUUCAAAAUAGACUGCCAUAACAGGCUGGAGCAUAUUGCAUGGUCUUAUGCUUCAUCAGUUCAAUUGUACGAGGCAUUUGGAGAUGCAGUGGUUUUUGACACAACACACCGUCUGGAUGCCUAUGAUAUGCUAUUAGGCAUUUGGCUUGGAGUGGACAAUCAUGGAAUGACAUGUUUUUUCAGUUGUGUGCUUCUACAGGAUGAAAAUAUGCACUCUUUUUCCUGGGCACUGAAGACGUUCUUGGGCUUCAUGAAAGGAAAGGCCCCACAGACAAUAUUAACUGACCAUAACAUGUGGUUGAAAGAUGCUAUUGCUAUUGAAAUGCCUGAAACCAAACAUGCCUUUUGCAUUUGGCACAUCAUUGCAAAGUUCUCAGAUUGGUUUUCUAUACUGCUUGGAUCACAUUAUGAUGAUUGGAAAGAUGAGUUUCAUCGGCUCUAUAAUAUGGAAUUUGUGGAAGAUUUUGAAGGGGGGUGGAGAGAAAUGGUGAAUAAAUAUGGAUUUCAUGCAAAUAAGCAUAUUAUCAGCUUAUAUGCAUUACGAUCAUUUUGGGCUUUGUCAUUCUUGCAUCGGUACUUCUUUGCAGGAAUGAUGGGUACAUGUCAGUUAGAGUCAAUUAAUGCUUUCAUCCAACGGUUUAUGAGUGCACAGUCUCAACUGGAUCAUUUUGUAGAGCAAGUAGCUGAUAUUGUUGAUUUCAAUGACCGGGUUGGAGCAAAGCAAAAGAUGCAACGGAAAUUGCAGAAAGUCAGCCUGAAAACAGGUUCACCAAUUGAAUCUCAUGCUGCCACUCUUCUUACUCCCUAUGCCUUUAGUAAACUCCAAGAGGAGCUUGUGUUGGCUCCGCAGUAUGCGUCUCUUCUGGUUGAUGAAGGUUGUUUCCAGGUUAGACACCAUACCCAGAUAGAUGGAGGGUGCAACGUGAUAUGGAUUCCUUGUCAAGAGCACAUCAGCUGUAGCUGCCAUCAGUUUGAGUUUUCAGGCAUACUCUGUAGACAUGUCCUACGUGUCCUGUCAACUAAUAACUGCUUUCACAUUCCAGAUCGAUAUCUACCUAACCGUUGGCGUAGUGUCAAUUCAUCUUGCUCCAACCCCUUCCGGACUGCAACUACAAGGGAGCAUUCUGAGAGGAUUCAGUUAUUAGAGUCCAUGGCUUCAACACUUGUGACAGAAUCAAUUGAAACGGAGGAAAGGCUUGAUGUUGCUUGUGAGCAAAUGGCCAUGGUGUUAUCACGUAUUAAAGAUCUUUCUAGGUCAACACAUAGCAUGAAUGAAAUUGCGUAUAAUUGCCCAUCUGACUCGUUGAUUCUACCAGAAGUGGAAGAUGCUGAUGGAAUUGUUCAGAGUUUUACAAUUGGGAAUCCUCAUGAUAAUAUCACUUUGGGAAAGCUUAAAGAGAGAAGGCCAAGAGAUGGGAUUGAUACCAUUAGAAAGCGGAGGCAUUGUCCGGGGCCUUGCUGUGGGCAUUUUGGACACGAUGGAUCAGCCUGUUCAUUAAUAGGAGAUGAUGAUUUGCCUGAAGAUGCACUAGGGUAUUUGUAGUUCAACAAGUGGGAACUGGUACUAGAUGUACAAAGCAAUAGUAUCACCUUUGUAAACGUCCAUUACCUUUCUUUUUUUCUCUUUUUGAUGAAUCAGAAAAUUACAUUAAUGCAAACACCAUAUGUUACACCACUCUCAGCAAGAAGCUGUUUACCCUGCCAGUACAACCCUUACACAAUAGAACUAUCAAGCACAAAGAGAUGUGCUGGCAUGCAGUAAGACAUGCUCAUUUACCAAUAGAUUAUAACUGCUUUAACUUAGCAAAAAAAUAUUACAACUAAUUUUGAACAGAUGUCCAAAACCUUCGCAUGGUGUUUUUUUUUUAGUCUUUUUCCUCUCAUUCUCUCUCUCUCCAUUCCAGAUUCAAUAAUACUAAAAAAAUUGUCACUCUUUACUAAAGAUGUGAGCUAUAUUGUAAUUGCAUGUAUAAACUCUUCAAGGUUUAGCUUAACAUUCAUGAUACUGCGACUUCCACAUUUACACUGCUUGAAUAAAUAAAAUAUUGAAAUGAAACAUUUUUGCUUCUAUUUUUGCAAUCAUGGCCUUCAUGAACAAGUUGAGUUUUUCUUGCAAUCAUCAGUUGACGCAAUAUUAGUUAUUUCCAUAUUAAACUUUACUCUGUGGAAAGUAAUAGGUGUUGCCUGUAAUGUGUUUUCUCAGUAUUUUGCUUUGCUUAUGCUCUGUUGCACACAAUUGCACUUUAACCUUGCUUUGCUAUAGGAAUUGGGGACCCAGGACUCUGUAGUUCAGAUUAUUAGAGAAGACUAAAAAUUUCCAUUUGUUCUAAUUUUUUUAUUGUUGUCAUGUAUAAGUUCAAAUUACUGCAGAUAGAAUGGUUGUUUAUAUUUUUUUAUCUAAUCUGUGUCUAUACUCUUUCUUGAUAACAUCUUCAUGGUGUUGCGUCCCAUAUUUGCUCCUGAGUCCCAAUUCCUUGUAAGUGCAUUUGGUCGGGUUUUGUGUUGAAUGGGACGGACAUGGCAAUUUCCCUUGACACUAAAAGUAUGGCAGAAAUUCUUAUACAUGUAUGAAAUGGGAAUAUGAUAUAUCAAUACUUUACAUGGCAAUUUUCCAUAACACUAAGGUUACAGCUCUUUUCUAAAUCCUUACAAACUUCAUGCUUUAAUUGAGCUGUCAAAUAUGGUUCUGCCUGUUGUUUCUCUGACAAGUGUACAAAAGUAUAUCUUUAUUGAAGUUAUACCUGCUUACAUACAUGUAAAAUUUCUACAAUUCAUUACUUCUUCUACAUCACAACAGUAAAGGACCAAACUUUUGCAUUUUGUGGUCUUUGAGGACAAACAGAGAUUUUUAUAUUCAAAAUGGUGCAAAAGCUAUACCUUAGUCAACUGAAUCUUCAGCCAAAGAAACUUUGCUUAGCCUGCUUGGAAGCGAUUUAGCACUGCUGUUUGCAAAUUUUCUUCUCCCAACACGAUGAUUCUGCGACCCAGAAAGUGCUCUCUGUGCCAAUGCUUUCCCUAAAUUGGUGUUGGUUGUGCCUUUUGUGUUAGGCUUUUUGUCUGAUGUUUUUGCUUGGUUGCUGCUGGUGCAGGCAUCAAGAUCAUUGGCAUUGGCCUUUUCAGAAGCCAUUUUUUACAAGUUGAAGAACUGCAACGAGGAAGGAACUCUUAGAAAAGGCUUUUAUGGUAAAAGUGCGAGUUUUAAUGGGUGGCAACCAAAAGAAUAUGUUAGAAGCAAGUGGGUGGAGGAGGAGUUAUCUUUUUGUGUUGCAGAAAGAAUCCCCAAAAAUAUUCUUGCUCUUGGAAUAAGUUUGUGCUGUCUUGUCUUUUAAGAAAUCAAAGAUGCAUCCAAGAGACCAUCCAAUCUUUCCUUAAGAGUUUCCAGAGAAGAUUGCUAUUCCCUUGUGCAGUGCAGUAUGUUAUAUUUGAUUUGUGGAAAAGAGAUCUUUAUAGUUGUAAUGCUGCACUGUAUCAGAUUCAAUUUCUGCGGUUUGCACUGGCAUUCUGAAAAGACAUAUAGUGAAAUAUUUGAUUUGGGGUGCAUGAGGCAAGUCAUGGUCAAUAGUGCUAUCUUUUAUGGAUUCCUGUAACACAAAUCUUUAAAAGCAUGAUAUAGCUCAACACCUGAACUAGACUCAUGACAAAGAUACUCUUACAGUUGCAGUACAUGUUAUUGAAUGGAGAACUAAAUAGAGACAGGCAUGUUGUGCUUACUGCAUGCACAAAUUUAUCUGCAA